UAAUGUCAUUAAUGAAGUGCUAACUUCACACUGGUGAUCAAUGUGCUUUCAAGGAUUUUAUUUUACUCUUCAAUAAAAAUUAAUAAAUUCUAUUAUAAAUUGUUAAUAAUUAAUUAUUGGUGUUUAUUACAAAAUAUUAUGAAUCCUUAAUUCGUUGGUCCUGCAUGCUGUGCACCACUUGAGAUAUCUACCUUUGCACUUGUAUUUUCGUAAAUAUAUUUUGCUGUAAAAAUCACGUUGUAAUAUAAUAAACAAUGGCUGCCUAUAUCAAUCGCACAAUAUCAAUGAUUGGAAAUGAAAGUCAAUAUCGUACAAAUGAUGCUAGAAUUGAAAAUUCACCUCUACAGAUAUUUGUCAAGGCCAAGAAGAAGAUUAAUCAUAUUUUCGAAGAAAUAGAAGAUUAUGUUCAAGACACGGUUGGAUUUAUGGAAUCUCUUCGCGAUGAUCGCGAUGUUAUCAGUGACGAAGAGGUUAAAACAAUCACCGCAUAUGUUGAAAAAGUACGAGGAAUUCGUGAUGUACUCAGAAGAGAUCACAUGAAAGUUGCUUUCUUUGGACGGACAAGCAAUGGAAAGAGUACGGUAAUAAAUGCAAUGUUACGUGAUAAAAUAUUGCCAAGUGGAAUAGGACACACGACAAAUUGUUUUCUUCAAGUUGAGGGUUCAGAAAAUAAUGAAUCUUAUUUAAUCACCGAAGGUUCUAAUGAUAAGCAACCAGUUCAAUCGGUUGGACAACUUGGUCAUGCAUUGUGUAAGGAAAAACUUUGUGAAAGUCAUUUGGUGAGAAUUUUUUGGCCCAAGGAUAAAUGUCUUCUUUUAAGGGACGAUGUUGUAUUUGUCGAUAGUCCUGGAGUUGAUGUUACACCAAAUUUAGAUGAAUGGAUUGAUAAACAUUGUUUGGAUGCUGAUGUUUUUGUACUUGUAGCAAAUGCUGAAUCUACAUUAAUGGUUACGGAAAAAAAUUUCUUUCACAAAGUGUCGACAAAAUUAUCCAAACCAAAUAUCUUUAUUCUAAAUAAUCGUUGGGAUGCUUCAGCUUCAGAACCAGAAUUUUUGGACGAGCUGGUCGAUGAACAAAAGGAGGUGAGAGCACAACAUCAAGAACGAGCCGUUGAUUUCUUAGCGAAAGAAUUGAAAGUAUAUAGUCCAAAGGAUGCUGAGGAACGAGUUUUUUUCAUCUCGGCUAAGGAAACACUUUUGGCACGUUUAGAAGAACAUCGUGGCAAUCCUGCACAUAAUGGCGCUCUCGCUGAAGGAUUUCAGAAUCGUUAUUUUGAAUUUCAAGAUUUUGAAAGAAAAUUCGAAGAGUGUAUUUCUAAGUCAGCAGUAAAAACAAAAUUCGAACAACAUUCACAACGUGGAAAACAUAUUGCUACGGAAAUCCGACAAACAUUAGAUGAAAUACUUGAACGCACACAAAAAAUGAGAGCCUAUCAAUUGAACAAUAAAAAAGAAGUUCAUGAUAAAUUGAAUUUCACCGAACAACAACUUAUGUUAUUAACACAGGAGAUGAAGGAUAAAAUUCAUCAUAUGGUCGAAGAUGUUGAGCAACGUGUAUCAAAAGCUUUAAGUGACGAAAUUCGUCGAUUAUCAGCACUUAUAGAUGAAUUUAGUGUUCCAUUUCAUCCGGAAUCUCUUGUUUUAAAUGUUUAUAAACGUGAACUUCAUUCACAUGUUGAAAAUGGUUUAGGUUCUAAUUUAAGAGCAAGGCUCAGCACUGCUUUGGCUUUGAAUAUUGAAAGUUCACAACGUGAAAUGACAGAGAGAAUGUCAGUUUUGUUGCCUGAAAAUAAGAAACAAAUGUCACUCAAUAUUCUUCCACGUAGAGAGCCUUUUGAAAUUUUAUAUAGACUUAAUUGCGAUAAUCUUUGCGCUGAUUUUCAUGAAGAUCUUGAAUUUCGUUUCUCAUGGGGUAUUACAGCUAUUAUUAGCAGGUUUGCUGGUAAACAAAAUCAACGUGCUGCGAUAGCAAAUUAUCCUCAAGAUAUACCACCGUACAUUGCUUCACCUGCAGACAGUAUAGAUUCAUCGAAAUUCGUGACAAGUGUGGCAUCUUUUCCAAAUAGACAAGAUGAUUGGUCAUUGGCAACAAGAGUGGCAAUUGCUUCAAUAACAUCACAAGGCACCAUGGGUGGAUUAAUUGUUGCUGGAUUUAUGUUAAAAACUGUCGGAUGGAGAUUAAUUGCUGUAACUGGCGCUAUUUAUGGUGCAUUAUAUCUUUAUGAAAGAUUAACGUGGACAAAUACAGCAAAAGAACGUGAAUUUAAACGGCAAUAUGUUGAUCACGCUACAAAAAAAUUGAAAUUAAUUGUCGAUCUUACUUCAGCAAAUUGUAGCCAUCAAGUUCAACAAGAAUUAUCAAGUACAUUCGCACGUCUUUGUCAUUUGGUCGAUGAAUCCACAUCGGACAUGGAUAUGGAAUUAAAGAAAAUUGCAACAACACUUCGUACACUUGAAGAAGCUGCUACAAGUGCUAAAGUUUUAAGAAACAAAGCCAAUUAUCUGACCAAUGAACUUGAUUUAUUCGAUGCCGCUUAUCUCAAGUCGUUAAAUUAAAUGAAUUAUUGACUUUAAAAAAAAUCUUCACGUGCAAAAAAAAAACGAGGGGUUUUUUUUUGAUAAAUUUUUUUCAUAUCUGAAUUUCAUGAAAUUUUUAGAUAUUAUUGAUUUUGCCCCCCUUUUUUUUACACGUGAAUGGAAUGUUUCUAUUAUGUAUUUAUGGAAGUCUAGUCUCAAAUUAAUUCCAGAUGCCUAUAACAGUGCAAUCGUUGAUUUUUUUUUCCAAUUAUAAUCAAUUUUAUUUUUUAUAAUAUACACAUAUAUAUUAUUAUGUGUGUAUAUAUGUUAUAAUAAAUUUUUUAAGUUUU